AGCACCGAACGGAUCGGAUCAGCCGUUGCCUUCUGCUUCCGUGUCAUCAAGCUGGACAGAGUGCGGAAGAGAUUCACCAGGAUGUCACCCGUCGGCCUUGUCCCAUUCCAGCUCCCCUGACCUAGAACAUCCACCAGUUAAGUGCUGACCACUCUACCUACCGAGAGAAAUCUCUGCUGUCAUCCUGAACGCAGUGAUCAUCCCGCACUUGAAGAAUUGCGUGCCAUGAACAACAAACAUGAGCCAACACCUUGCCCAUAAUUGCCUGGGACUUCCGCCAAGCAAUUCCUGUGAUGGGCGACCAAAAUUACACACAGUACUGUAAAUUCAGCCUAACUAUGAAGCUGCAGCAUGACUUGCUGUCGGCUGUGCUCAUGUUGAAUGGUGGAGAAGUUACUCUGCAUGUCCCCCGUCGACUUCCAUGGCAACUUCCAGCUGGAUGAACGGCGCAGAGAUGCUGUUAUUGCACUGGGUAUUUUUCUGACAGAGUCAAGCCUUCAGCAUAAAGAAACUGUAGUUCCCUAUCUGCUUCGGCUGCUGAAAGGAUUACCGAAAGUCCAAUGGAUUGAAGACAGCUCGGGGAGAAAGAAUCGAGGAAAGCUUCCGAUCGCCGAAAACUUCAGCUUCUGCUUAGUAACUGUACUUUUCGAUGUGGCCCAAAAAGAAUCCACGUUAAGGGAACAGAUUAUCAAGGCUAUAUUGGAUGUAAUGGAAGUGCUGUUGGGCAUGUGUCUGACACCUCAAACUCAGGAUAAAGAGAGCAUGUGUCGCUGCACGGUGCCAUGUUUGAUUGGGAUCGGACGAGCGUUUGGCCGUUACAGUUACACGGACGAGUCUCUCCUUUCGAAGCUGUUUCCCAAGAUCACGGCGCAGUCACUGAAGGCACCGAGUGAGACGGACGGACUGAGGCGCCGCUCCUUCAACGACUUCCGAUCCAUCCUCCCCAGCUCCCUCUUGACUGUCUGCCAGUCAUGUGACAGCUUGAGACAGAAAACCUACAGUGUGACAAAUGUCUCCCAGGGAAGUCCAGAACGUGCGACUGCUGCCCCGACCUCACCUGGAGGGACCAAUUUGCAAUACUUUGAAGGUGCGUACCUACCGGAUGGCAGUGCUCUGGAUCCCCACUAUUACUUUUCGACCAUUAGUUCCAGUUUCUCGGUCUCCCCUUUGUUCACGGGCUGCAGCACGAAAGAGUUUCAUAUUCCGCUGGAAAACCUCCGGCAGCUGCUUCAAAUGGUUAAACGCAUUGUUGCUGAGCCUGUUUUAAAAGCAUUGGACGCGACCUUGUCCGAGGUUAUUGAGGCAAAUCCUAACCUGGACCUGUACUAUCGAAACUUCAGUGACCCGCUUUAUGUCGUGGUGUUUAAAAUGCUGAGGGACACCUUGUAUCACAUGAAAGAUUUACAGACCGCGUUUGUGAAGGAGGUACAUGAUUUUGUGCUGGAGCAGUUUAACAGCAGCCAGUCGGAGCUGCAGAGGAUCUUGCAUGACAUGGACUACUUCCACCACGAGUUCAACCCCCUGAAGCUCCGAUGUCAAGCAAAUGCGGCGUGUGUGGAUUUAAUGGUGUGGGCCGUGAAAGACGAGCAAGGUGCUGAGAAUCUCUGCUCGAAGCUGUCCGAAAAGCUGCAGUCCAAGACUUCCAGUAAAAUAAUUCUCUCGCAUAUGCCCUUGCUGAUCUGCUGUUUGCAGGGCCUGGGGCACUUAUGUGAGCGAUUCCCCGUUGCAGUUCAUUCUGUCACAACAUCGCUGCGGGAUUUUUUAGUGAUUCCAUCGCCAGUCCUCGUCAAGGUGUACAAGUACCACAGCCAGUACAGUGCAGGAGAAACGGAUAUUAAGAUAAGCGUGACAAAUGAGCACUCUGAGGCGACAGUGUUAUCCCCAAAGAAAAACCAACCAUCCAUGUACGAGCAACUGAGGGAUAUUGCUAUCGAUAACAUCUGCAGGUGCCUGAAGGCAGGAUCAGCCGCUGACCCAGUCAUCGUGGAAGCAUUCUUGGCCAGUCUGUCCAAUCGCUUGUACAUAUCCCAAGAGUGUGAUAAGGAUGCCCACCUGAUUCCUGAUCACACCAUCCGCUCCCUGGGCCACAUCGCCGUGGCUCUGCGGGACACUCCGAAGGUGAUGGAGCCAAUCCUGCAGAUCUUGCAGCAGAAGUUUUGCCAGCCUCCGUCGCAACUGGACGUUCUGAUCAUCGACCAGCUCGGCUGCAUGGUGAUCACCGGCAACCAAUAUAUUUACCAAGAAGUGUGGAACCUCUUUCAACAAAUCAGCGUGAAAGCCAGUUCUGUUGUUUACUCGGCGACUAAAGACCACAAAGACCAUGGUUACAGGCACUGCUCCCUGGCCGUCGUCAACGCCCUGGCCAAUAUCGCAGCCAACCUGCAGGGGGAGCAGCUGGUGGAUGAACUCCUGGUCAACCUGCUCGAGCUCUUUGUCCAGCUGGGCUUGGAAGGGAAGAGAGCCAGUGAGAGGGCGAGUGAGAAAGGACCCGCUUUGAAGGCUUCAAGCAGUGCAGGGAAUUUGGGCGUUCUUAUUCCAGUCAUUGCGGUGCUGACCAGACGAUUGCCCCCGAUCAAAGAUGCCAAACCCAGGCUCCAGAAGCUGUUCCGUGACUUCUGGCUCUACUCGGUGGUGAUGGGGUUUGCGGUGGAAGGUUCAGGGCUGUGGCCAGAGGAGUGGUACGAGGGCGUGUGUGAGAUCGCCACCAAGUCUCCGUUGCUGACCUUCCCCGGGGGAGAGCCCCUGCGCUCAGAGCUGCAGUACAACUCGGCCCUGAAGAACGACACCGUCUCGCCGGCUGAACUGACUGAAUUAAGAAGCACCAUAAUAAAUCUGCUGGACCCCCCUCCUGAGGUCUCGGCCCUCAUUAACAAGCUGGACUUUGCGAUGUCCACAUACCUCCUCUCCGUCUACCGCCUGGAAUACAUGAGGGUGUCCCGAUCGACCGACCAGGACCGUUUCCAGGUGAUGUUCCGCUAUUUGGAGGACAAGGCUAUUCAGAAAGAUAAAGCCGGCAUGAUGCAGUGCGUGAUCGCGGUGGCCGAUAAAGUCUUUGAGGUUUUCCUCGCUGUCAUGGCGGACAAGCCCAAGACCAAGGAGAACGAGGAGGAGCUGGAGAAGCACGCUCAGUUCCUGCUGGUCAACUUCAACCACAUUCACAAGCGCAUUCGACGAGUCGCCGACAAGUUUCUAUCGGGCUUGGUCGACAAGUUCCCGCACUUGCUGUGGAAUGGGUCUGUCCUGAAGACCAUGCUGGAUAUCCUUCAGACUCUCUCCCUCUCCCUCAGUGCGGAUGUCCACAAGGACCAGCCGUACUACGACAUCCUGGACACCCCAUACAGGAUCACUGUCCCCGACACCAAUGAAGCCAGAGAGAGUAUUGUGCGGGACUUUGCGGCUCGCUGUGGUGGGAUACUGCAGGAGGCGAUGAAGUGGGCUCCGUCAGUCACCAAAUCCCAUCUUCAGGAGUAUUUGAAUAAGAACCAGAACUGGGUGUUUGGGUUGUCCCAGCACGCUGGGCUCGCCAUGGCAACGGAAAGCAUCUUGAACUUUGCGUGUUACAACAGGCAGAACACCACACUCGGGGCUACACAGCUGAAUGAAAGGCCUGCGUGCGUGAAGAAGGACUAUUCCAACUUCAUGUCGUCACUCAACCUCCGCAACCGUUCUGCAGGAGAGGUAGCGGGAAUGAUUCAGUUCUCCGAAGCGACCGGCUGGCAGUCUGACCUGAACAAAAUCAUGAUUAAAAAACUAACGGAAGCCCUGGACUCGGCCAAGACUGAUGCCUACACACAGUCCAUGUUCAACCUCACAGCUCUGCUUAUCCGAAGAGAGGUGUGUGAUCCUCAGCUGCUGCACCACCUGUGCUGGGCCCCCCUACGCAUGUUCACCGCAACGGGGAUGGAGAUUGCAGUCGGCUGCUGGCAGUGGCUGUUGGCUGCAAAGAAUGGCAUCGAAGUGCCGUUUAUGCGAGAGAUGGUGGGGGCGUGGCAGAUGACCAUGCAGCAGAGGUUUGGCCUUUUCGCCGAAGAGAAGAUAGAAGCUGACCCUCUGGCGGCCUCUGAGGAGAGCCAACCCAUCCCCCGACCCCCAGAGGUGACCCCCCACCACAUCUGGAUAGAGUUUCUGGUGCAAAGAUUUGAGAUUGCCAAAUACUCCAGUGCGGACCAAGUGGAGAUCUUCGGAAGCCUUCUGCAACGCUCCCUCUCCUUGACUGUCGGAGGCUCGAAGGGGAUUUUGAACAGACACGUGGCUGCCAUCGGGCCAAGAUUCAAGUUACUGACCCUCGGGCUCGCCCUGCUGCACGCUGACGUGAUCUCCAGCACCACCAUCCGAAACGUGCUGAGAGAGAAGGUUUACUCCAGCGCCUUUGACUAUUUCAGUGUUGCUCCUAAAUAUCCAACGCAGGAGGAGAAGAGACUGCGGGAGGACAUCAGCAUCAUGAUCAAGUUUUGGACGGCCAUGUUCUCCGAUAAGAAAUACCUCAAUUCAAACCAACUGAUCCCUCCAGACAACCAGGACCCCUCCGUGAAUAACCUGUCUGCGCUAAUUGUGGCCGAUUCGAGGAACAACCUUGACAUUGCUGUCAGCUCGCGGCAGCAGUCUGCGCAAGGCUGGAUCAAUACCUACCCACUCUCCAGCGGCAUGUCGACCAUCUCCAAAAAAUCAGGCCUGUCAAAGAAGACUAACAGAGGCACGCAGCUGCAUAAAUACUACAUGAAAAGGCGCACCCUUCUCUUGUCCUUGUUGGCGAGUGAAAUCGAACGUCUCACCACAUGGUACAACCCUCUCUCGGCCCCCGAGCUGGCAAUGGACCAGGCGGGAGAAGCCAGCAUCGCAAACUGGAGGUCAAAGUACAUCAGCCUGAAUGAGAAGCAGUGGAAGGACAAUGUCAACCUGGCCUGGUGCAUCUCGCCGUUCCUGGCCAUCCAGCUACCCACCAGAUUUAAAAACACAGAAGCCAUCGGAGCCGAAGUGACCCGUCUGGUGAGACUGGACCCUGGAGCCGUCAGUGACGUCCCAGAUGCCAUACGGCAUCUGGUCACCUGGCACACCAUCGACGCGGAUGCUCCGGAGCUGAGCCACAUUCUGUGCUGGGCGCCCACCGAUCCACCCACAGCCCUCUCUUACUUCUCCAGCUUGUACCCACCGCACCCGCUGACUGCACAGUACGCCGUGAAGGUGCUGCACUCCUUCCCUCCGGAUGCUAUUCUCUUCUACAUUCCACAAAUUGUCCAAGCUCUCAGAUACGACAAGAUGGGUUACGUCAGGGAAUACAUCUUGUGCGCUGCAGCCAAGUCACAGCUUUUAGGUCACCAAUUUAUUUGGAACAUGAAGACCAACAUAUUCACGGACGAGGAGGGGAACCAUAAAGACCCUGAUAUUGGUGAUUUACUGGAGCAACUGAUCGAGGAGAUCACUGUGUCGCUGUCCGGGCCGGCCAAGGACUUCUACCAACGAGAGUACGACUUCUUCAGCAAGAUCACGAAUGUCUCUGCCAUCAUCAAGCCCUACCCUAAAGGAGAAGAGAGGAAGAAAGCUUGUCUGAAGGCCUUGUCUGAGGUUAAAGUCCAGCCUGGCUGCUACCUGCCCAGUAACCCAGAAGCAUUCGUGUUAGACAUCGACUACAAGUCAGGAACACCCAUGCAAAGUGCAGCUAAAGCUCCGUACUUGGCCAAGUUUAAAGUCAAGCGAUGUGGAGUUGCCGAACUGGAAAAGGAAGGUCUCCGCCCCGGCUCUGAAGGUUCCGAUGAUGGUUCGAAUGAGAAAGAAUCCGAAAGAAUUUACUGGCAGGCUGCCAUCUUUAAAGUCGGCGAUGACUGUCGGCAGGAUAUGUUGGCUUUGCAGAUCAUCGGUCUGUUCAAGAAUAUUAUUCAGCUGGUGGGCUUGGACCUGUUUGUCUUUCCCUACAGAGUGGUGGCGACAGCUCCCGGGUGCGGGGUUAUUGAAUGCAUCCCAGACUGCAAGUCUCGAGACCAACUGGGCAGGCAGACUGACUUCGGCAUGUACGAUUACUUCAGGAACCAGUACGGAGAUGAGUCCACGCUGGCCUUCCAGAAGGCACGGUAUAAUUUUAUCCGCAGCAUGGCGGCCUACAGUCUCCUGCUCUUCCUGCUACAGAUCAAAGACCGACACAAUGGCAACAUCAUGCUGGACAGGCAGGGACAUCUGAUCCACAUAGAUUUUGGCUUCAUGUUUGAGAGCUCCCCCGGUGGCAACUUGGGAUGGGAGCCGGACAUCAAGCUGACCGACGAGAUGGUGAUGAUCAUGGGAGGCAAGAUGGAGGCCACGCCCUUCAAGUGGUUCAUGGAGAUGUGCGUGAGGGGAUACCUGGCCGUCAGGCCUUACAUGGAUGCAGUGGUGGCCCUGGUCACCCUGAUGUUGGACACCGGACUGCCCUGCUUCCGUGGCCAGACUAUCAAACUCCUCAAACAAAGAUUCAACCCCAAUGUGAGUGAGAGAGAGGCAGCGAACUUCAUCAUCAAGGUCAUACAGAACUGCUUCCUGAGCAACAGGAGUAAAACCUACGACUGGAUCCAGUACUACCAAAACCAGAUCCCGUACUGAUCCGGGAGGGAAUGUCGAUAUUCCUACUUCAUCUUCGGGGGAAACAAAGUGUGCGACUAUGCUGUACCUCUACUGUAAACUCUUGCACUUUUGGACAUGUUGGCUUGUGUUGGCCGCGUUCAGCGGCUGCUCCUCCAACAGCGGCUUUGGCAAACUUCGUCACAAUCACUUCUUAUAAAGGGGGGGGGAAAAUAAUUAUUCAAUCACACUUUACGAUUUUAGAGUAUAUAGAAUGUGUAUCGAAUCAUUGUAGAAGCAGUACUUGCACUAUUUAUUGUCUGUGAUGGUGAAAAUGAAUAUAAAUAUCAAAGAUGUACGUGGAGAGACUAUUUUUCUGUAGAGAAUGUAAAUGUGCGAUAGAGUUGCAUUAAUCUAUGAUGUGAAUAAAGUAUGUAGUUGAACACCUUC